AUGUGUGACGUGGCCGCAAAUAAAUUUUGCGCUUGUAUUUUUUCUUAUUUUUAUUGUCAGAAACCGUUUCAUAUUUUCUCAAUUUAAUGAUUUAAUAAUUAAAAAAUUGUUUAAAAUAAUAAUUUAUAUAAUUUCCAACUUAAAUUACGGAAAUAACUAGUGAAAUAUGAGAAAUUGUAUUCAUUUAAAAACCCUGAUUAUUGCCGUUUUACUUACCUUUACAAAUGGCGAUGAACACGAUCAUAUCUAUCAAGAUGACGAGCAGGUAGUACUGUGGAUGAAUACGGUGGGCCCCUAUUACAAUCAGCAGGAAACUUACAUUUACACAACUCUGCCAUUUUGUCUGGGCCCAGUGUCAUCUGUUCUACAUCACCAUGAAACAAUUGGAGAGGCGCUCCAAGGUGUGGAGCUGACAUUCAGUGGCAUUGACAUUGAUUUUAAAAAGGAUGCCGCCAAACAGUCUUACUGCGAAAUAAAAAUGGAUGAAGUGAAGUACCAAGCAUUCGCCUAUGCCAUUAAGAACAAUUAUUGGUACCAGAUGUACAUGGAUGACCUACCCAUCUGGGGAUCAGUUGGGGAAAAGCCGAAAUCAGAAGAUGAGCUAUUCAUAUACACCCACAAGAACUUUCAAAUUGGUUACAACGGCAAUAGGAUUGUAGAGGUUAACCUGACGACUGAGGAUAAAGUGAAGAUAGAUCCGGCCGUCGACAUCAAGCUGCACUAUGAGGUGAAGUGGGUCCCAUCCCAGAUAAAAUUUGCGGACAGAUUUGAUAAGUACCUCGAACCUAAUUUCUUUCAACAUAGAAUUCAUUGGUUCUCCAUAUUCAACUCUUUUAUGAUGGUCAUCUUCCUAGUUGGGCUGGUUAGUAUGAUUCUGAUGAGGACACUUAGGAAAGAUUACGCUCGUUACAGCAAAGAGGAUGAUAUCGAUGAGAUGGAACGAGACCUCGGGGAUGAGUACGGCUGGAAGCAGGUUCACGGGGACGUCUUCAGGCCUCCAAGCUACCCCAUCCUCUUCUCGUCCCUCAUCGGCACUGGCUACCAGAUAGCCUUCGUGGCUCUCUGCACUAUCGUCAUUGCCAUCGUUGGCGAGCUCUACACCGAGCGGGGCUCAUUGCUGACGACCGCCAUAUUCGUGUUUGCCGCAACUGGCCCAGUGAAUGGAUACUUUGGGGGCAGUCUGUACAGCAGAUUGGGAGGAAAAUUGUGGAUCAAGCAAAUGGUUGUCAGUUCAUUCCUACUGCCUGCUUUGGUCGGCGGGACUGCAUUCACCAUCAACAUCAUCUCCAUCUAUUAUCACUCAGCCCGUACUAUCCACAUUUUUACUAUGCUAGCAGUUGUGUGCAUUUGCGUGUUUGUCAUCCUCCCACUAAACUUGGUGGGCACAGUUCUGGGGCGCAACCUCAGUGGCCAGCCCAACUACCCCUGCAGGGUCAACGCUGUCCCCAGGCCCAUCCCCGAGAAGAAGUGGUUCAUGGAGCCUGCCAUCAUCGCCAUCAUCGGCGGCGUUCUGCCCUUUGGAUCUAUAUUCAUUGAAAUGUACUUCAUAUUUACAUCUUUCUGGGCUUACAAGAUAUAUUACGUCUAUGGUUUCAUGCUGCUCGUCUUCAUCAUCCUCAUCAUCGUUACCAUCUGCGUGACUAUCGUCUGCACCUACUUCCUACUGAAUGCUGAAGAUUAUAGAUGGCAGUGGACCAGUUUCCUGGCUGGAGCGUCUACGGCCGUCUACGUCUAUGUCUACUCCUUCUACUACUUCUUCUUCAAAACUAAAAUGUAUGGAAUGUUCCAAACAUCUUUCUACUUUGGCUACAUGGCUCUCUUCAGUAUGGCUCUUGGAACAAUGUGUGGUACUGUAAGCUACGUUGGAUCAAGUGUGUUCGUCAAGAAGAUAUAUUCAACUGUUAAGAUUGAUUGAUUGAUUGAUCGAUCGAUUGAUUGAUCGAUUGAUUGAUUGAUUGAUCGAUCGAUCGAUCGAUUGAUUGAUUGAUUGAUCGGUCGGUUGAUUGAUUGAUCGAUUGAUUGAUUGAUUGAUUGUUAAUAUAUGGGUGUAAAUGAUUGUUUAACUAAUUGAACUACCACAUACAUAUAUAUAUAUAUAUAAUGAUAGGCAGGUUCGGUGAAUGAUUGAUUAAAUAGAUACGAAGGAAUGCAUGUAAGAAUGAAUGCAUGUAAAAAUGAAUGGGAAAUAUGAAUUUAUCUCUGUAUUUCCAUUUAGAAGUUUUGUUUUUAUAAUAGAUAUUUUUGUUUUAUUCAUCCAUUUAUUUAUUUAUUUAGAUUUGUAAAUGGUAUUUUUUUACUGUUAACCAUCAUUAUUAUUGCUUUUUUUAUUAUUAUCAUUAUUGUUGUUGUUGUUAUUAAUAACGCUGGGUUUAUUAA